CAGGUCUCCGUGGCUGCCUGUUUGUCUAUCUGUCUGAGGCAGCUCGUUCGUUGAACCACACAAACGUACAUCCAUCUCAUGUGUGUGUGUCACGCGCGUCGGUCGAUGGGGGGCAAUGGAGGCAGACAGGCAGACAGGGUAGAGGAGAGAGGGACACAUCCAUCAUGCAGCUGCAACUGGAGAGAGAGAUAUACAGGUGACUUCCUGCCUGUGCGGACUUCGAAGUGCGGACAAACAAUGGCAGUCUCAUUACGUGGUGACGAAAACAUACCGACAGAGACAGACAGAGACAGACAGACAUGGUGACAGCCGCACAGACAACCGGACAGACAGAGACCGCCCCUCUUUUCCAUGGCUCUGCCUCGCCUGCAUACGUCCUUCCUUGUGUAGCUAUCUAUCGCUCAUUUCUCUCAUUAUGCCAUGAAUGGUGGUGUGACAGACACAAAAUAAAAGGGAAGGUACGUGCCUCAGGCAGGCAAAUGUCAGUUGACGUUAUAUCCGUUCAACAGCCGUCGAGAGAGAGGUCAACGCCAUGCAGCCACACACUCACACACAGCCACAGGCAGCCAACAAUAAGGACGGGCAGAUAUCUGUUCGCACAGACAGACAGACAGACAGACAGAGGGAGGGAGGGAGAGAUAGAGGGAGGGAGAGAGGGAGAGAGGGAGGCCGGACACAGAGAAGAGCGACGGACGGGUAAAUAAGCGAUCCCACAGACCAAUACACUUGUGCAUCAGAGGCAUGCAACUCUUCACCACAACACCCAGCCACCCACCCACCCAGCGAGCAAUUGGGUCACGCGUCAGCAGCUGGUCUGUCAACAGAGUGAGGGGUAUGAUCGUCUUGCGCACACACGAAUCGGCUACCGACACGAUGACAGUCAGCAGGCAAGAGACACCCCCUGACAACACACACACACACAUGUUCAGCCAGGGCGACAUCAGCCACAUGACAGAGGGUGUGCACCGCUGCUCGCCCACCAGUAUUGACAAGUCGAUGGAUCGAUCAGUCGCCGCUGUUCGCCUCAGCUGCGGCAUCCUCACCUGUCGAGUGCACAGGACACACACACAAAUGAAAGCGAUGCAGGCCAAUGUGCUGGCCUCUGUGUGCUGGUGCCGUCUUUCCCGUGUACCUCCGCUGCCCUCUCCGAUGCCGCCGUCCAUAUCGUCACCCUCAUCGCUAUCGAUAUCACCGCCGUCGGAAUCUGCAGACCACACACACAGAGAGAAGGCCCAUCUUCCAUCCAUGUAUCCAUCUGUGUGUGUGUGUGUGCUCGUACCGUCGCUAUCAUCAUCAUCAUCCUACAAAAACUGCUGCGGCUGCUGCUGCUGCUGCUGUCCCUCUACUAGUCCGUCGAAGACGUACGGCGCCACCGCCCCCAACGCCACACGAGCCAGCUGAGUGGUCACCGGGAAGCGGUGCUUGAACAAACCGCUCUCACACACAGCCGCCUCAGUGGUCUCGAUACGCACACGCACUGCAGACAAGACAAAGGAAAAUACGUGACAUCUGGCCUUUAACCUCCCUCUCUCUGUCACACGAACCGUCGUUGUUUCCUGGCCUGCUGAUGGUGAUCCAGGCGACAAAGUUGUGGCUGCAGUCGGUGAGCACCAGCCGUCGCGCUUUGCCUUCCCAGCUCAUUGUGGUCGUGCAGCCGGCCACCGGUGUGUGCGGCGACUCGGUCAGCAGGCCAUCCACACGGCCGCCACCCGCAAACCUGAACGAAUAACACACACACAACACACGAUCAAAGACGUACCACUCCGGAGCUGAUGAAUUUGUGUGUUCACCUGUUGAAUGUGGUCGAUGUGUGAUUGGUCUGGUGAGUCCCGUCGAAGUGUCGGACGACCAUCUUCUUCGCAAACGACGACACUGACGCAUCGGUGACGUCCUCCCCACAUCCCAUCCGUACUGGACGUCGGGUGCGGUCUCGUCCUUCUCCCAGUAUAUGAUGCCCUCACGCACUGGUGGGUCGUGUGGCUGUCGGUGCUGCCGGUACAUGUGGCUGGCAGCGAGAGGCGGGUCGACCUCCAGACGGAAUUCAUGGUCGUCCUUGAUGGCCCGCAGCUCACCAUCGCCGUGUUGGAACAGCUGGAGGCACCUGUCGUCGCUGAAGUGGACGUGGCGGCCGACCAUCUUGAACUGUGCCAACACACGGGGAGCCGACACAUACGCCUACACACACACACACACACACACACACACAGAGAGAGAAUGAGGCCCUCUCCCUCCCCGCCCCUCUGUUUGCUGGCUCACCGUUUUGUUUGUGUGUGUGUUGAUGUCAUCGGCUGUGAGGAUGACAGGCAGGUCACAGUUGCGGCACCGCCCCGCCAGCUCAAUCACCUCGCCCAUCUCGCCCCAUGGCCCCUCCUCCACCACACACACAGCCGCCAGCAGGUCAUGCACGCCGAACUGGUCGUCGUCGAACCGCAGCAGCUGUACUUGCUGCCCAUUCACCGCCCGCCGCAGCCCCGCCUGUGAGCCGAGCGAGUGGCUGAGCCGAUCUCUCAGCUGGGCCGCUCCGAAGAGAUCUCUCAGCCACGUGCAGGUGGCCCUCAGCCGCAGGAUGUCCUUGAUGCUGCUGAAGAGGUAGAAGGUGCGGCGGCCGACGAAGAUAUACGAGAAGGGAUGCUGCUGCUGUUGCUGCUGCUGCGGUUGCUGCAUCUGGGCUAUGAUGUGCUCGACGACAGCCUGCACAGAGCGACAGAGCCGACAGAGGAUCGUGUGCAUCAAGCAUGCUGCUCAUUGGUCUGUGUGCUGCUCACCUGGUUCGAUGAUCAGAUGGACAGAUCACCAUGCAGAGAAGUGAAUGCACCACCACCACCAGCAGCAGCGGCAGACGAGCAGGCCGCCAUCACUCCUCAACACGCCUGCAGCGAUGGGCCGACAGACACAGAGAGAGAGAGAGAGAUGCCAACAUUGAGGCGAAUGGAUGAGUGAGCGCAUCAGUCAGUGAGUCAGUGAGUGUUCGCCUCCCUCACUUUUGUUGAGCUGUCAGCUCAAUGGCCCGUCAUCUCACCGCAGCAGUGGAAAGGAUGACUGAUUCGAGUAUUCCUCUCGCCCUCUUGUCGGUCGAGUGCGUCAACUCUCACAGACGCACAGCUUUAUGACACGGCACAGACGCCGCAU